GUUUGUUUUCAUUUUACAGGAACCUUGUCUUUUCUAUUUAUGUAUCCAUUAUCAAGCAAAACAAUUGACAAGACAUAAACUUUACAGGAAAUGCUAUAUAAAUAGUAUUCAUGGAAACGGAACAUGUUGAAGAGGUGGAGCUGGAAGGAUCGACAGAGCCUCAGCGAGAACCUCUCCAUUUCCGGUAUGAUUCCAGCAAAGUUUCUCCCGAAAUGGGAGAAGUCAUGGAGUCCAUCAAAUGGCUGGCCGAGUCCUUGCUUUUCCACUGGAAAACGUUUCCCAUAGUGCUUCCACAGUCAUCGGCUGAUGUCCGAGCAGCAGAUGGAGACGGUAGCAAUGAAGAAAGUAAGCUGGGCUUGAAGGAUCUCUUUAUUGCUCCGUCUUUUGAUGAACUUGAAGAGGUGGCAAAAAACAAAGCUGGCAAUUUGAAAAAACUAAACGACAAGCAGCUGGCUAGUAUUUGGAACAAGGGUGAAUUUGAAGUAGACAGUAUUCACUUCCCUGGUCAGGUUCACAAAUGGCGCCUCAGUCAGCUGCUUCAGAAAGGCACUGUUAGAUCACAUGACACUCUGCUUAAAGAUGCCGCUCUAGCUCUGCGGUUGUUGAUAAUCACAGCCCGGAACAGAUUUUCUUCUCAGUUCUUCAGCCUUACUCAGUCUGUUCACGCAUGGGGAAAAGGUCUUUGGAAGUUGCUAGAUGUUUUUGUUGGCAUGCCUUCGACGACACCAGGUGACCUGUGUACAAAGGUCAAAGAAGAACACAUGUGCUACCUUGUGGCAGAGCUCAACAUUAAGCCAUCAUCUAAGAAAGAGUUGUAUGAUUUCUGUGAAUAUAUUAAAGAACAGUCCAGACUGCUGAAGAUGGAAAAACAGAAGCCUUUUGAUCUGCGACCGCCACCUAUAACAUACCGCUUUCUCACUCCUAAAGGGCAAGAGAUAGACCUGCGACUCUUUAAUCAAGAUCUGAUCAACAACUGUUUGCCGAUUCUGAGCAACAUUCUGGACCGGGAGGCCAAAGGAUGGACUGUAGCUUUCCGACACCGACUCGUCAAGGAGUACAGAGGCAAAAAUCUAUCGGAUGAGAAAAUAUCUGAGCUGGUGAAUGAAGCGGUGAUGGAGGAGUAUCUCCAACGAGUGUUCACGUCCAUCAACAGCAACGCCGAGCUGAACAGUCUGCAGCAAGGACUAGGUGAACUUCUCGUGUCACAAGCCAAGUCGGUGAUAGCCAUGCAGAAAGCAGUCCAAAACCUGCAGGAGAAGAUGCAGAAGUUCAAGGAGCAGCUGGUUAAUCAUUUGAAGAAAGAGUAUCCAGUGAAAUCACGGAUCAGGGCCUGGAUGAAUGAACAGCAGGAGGCUUUCAAGCAUGACUUCAUUACUCAAAACCUGUGGUCGGCCCAUGAGGAGGCCAUCAGUAUUUGUGAGGAUCAGGGACUUCAACAGGCCAUCUACUUCCUCAGGAGAGACUUGAACUUCAUUAAAGAGCGUGAUGCAGUCCUGCACCAGGAGUUGAGUAAAGUGAAGAAACCUACGAGAACGUUCUCGUUUUCAACACGAAUCUGGCUUCCUCGAAACUGGAUCAUUCGGCGCCAGUCUUACGGUGACGUGGAAGUUAUCGUCACGGUCAUCAGAGACGGAGAUUCACCUCUUGACGGAGGAAUCAGAAACAUUACUUACAGUGUGUCGAAAUACACUGAACGUAAAACGACUACUCGUCACCCAUUCUGGAGAUGGUGGAACUAUUUUCACAGAUCAUGGGCAUGGACGUGGAACUCAAUGUUCUUGUUUGGGGUGAUAAUUCCUUGGUGCAGCUCCUUCAGCCUUAGAUCUCUGUUCUUCGUUCGCCCAUUCAUGCCAGAUCUCAAACUUAGCCAAGUUGAUGGUGCCUUGUAUCCUAAAGAAUCAUCUCUCACCCACACCUUGGUGUCGAGGUUCGAGGCUCUCUGGAAGAAUGUCAGACAUUCAAGAAAACAGUUUGAAGAAGCACCUGACACAGGUUUCCUGGGCAAGAGUCUGACUCGUCACCUGAACCGGUUCUGGAACUACGUCCUGAAGGGGGCCGCUGGUUCGCUGCUGCUCGUGCUUGUGUUCCCCCUGCUGUGUCUGUCAGUGUCGUCCGUCUCCUUGGUGCUCUCUAUCACAUCACCAGUCUGGGUUCCAACCCUCACCUUGCUUGCUCAUGUCAGCUUCUUUAUUGUCUAUGACAUCGACUGCCCAGAUGAAAACUCGAACAAGAUUUCAAUUCUCUUGGAAGCCUUGAUCUGGCGAAUUCUCAUCCAGGGAUGCUUCCAGCCAGUUGCUGCCUUCCUGUUCGGAGCCGUUUGCUGUCCCCUCUCGUCGCUCUUUAUUAUUGUCUUUGGAGUACUGCGACGAGGAGGUCGGGGAUUGUGGGAUAGUUUCAUGUUCCACGCCAUCAUCAAGAGUCGUGGUAGAAUUCCUGCCAGUGAUGGCUUCGUAGCCAGGAGAAUAGCUGGUCCUGGCCUCGCUUCCAACUACUUCUACCAGAUUCGUCCUGAGCAGACGUUGGCCGCGUUGGAAGCAAGCAUUGAGCUGGAUGAGUUGGAGGCUUGGAAACACUCGGUUCUCAAGGUCAUUGAUCAGCCCAAGGAGGCCUACAGGAAGUUUAUCGAGCAGUGCUUCAAGCCAUUUUCCGCAGAUAUUGUCGAAGAUGGUGUGUACAGACGACUGGUCAUUGAAACAGCUUUGUACCGCACAGAUCUUGUCACCAAGGCUACUGAAAGAGAAAGACACUUGUACACAGGACUUUAUCUUGACCUUCAGAGAAAAAUCAGGCUGUCUGAAAGAGAUUUGAAGUUGUGCAUUCUCCUGACAUCUAAGCUCUUGGAAAAGUUUUAUCCAGAACAUGUUCUGUCUAGACUUGACGAGGAUAGUGAAGAGGAAUUCUGGGAAAAGAACCAGCUGGAAUAUCGUGACUGGAAAGGUUUUGCAUGUAAAAAGCUUGCUGAUAUUUUCUCCAAAGGAUUUCUCACACCACUGGAGGAGACUGACGUUAGUUUUGAGCUGAAGGUUCAACAUCUGAAUCUUUCACGGUAUGUCGGCAUGCUAGCAUCAGCAGAAUUCCACGAUGACCUUGACCUGGUGACAGAAAUUCACACGCCCACAAGUGAGAUUACAGUAAAGUCGCCAAGUCUUGAUCCCGGCUACUUUAACCCAAAUCAGAAGCUUGUGCACAGUACUCAUCUUGGAACACCAAGAGAGAAGCUGUGUCCGUGGAAGACAUUCUAUGAGCACAAGGUGUUUGACAAGCUGGAGAUCCCACUACCCAUUCCACACCCAACUAACAUAGCCGUCUCCAUUUACAACAGGGAAAACGACCAGGACCCAAUCAACCUGGAUGACGUGUUCUGUCAGCGGAUUAUUCGAGCUGCUAAAGAGGUAAAGCUGUUGAAAACUUGAGUACCGGAUGGUGCCACACAACUGUCUUUGAAAAGCUAGCUCUACAUUUGUUGUGCUGUGUGAAUUGUUUUGUGGGGUUUUUUUCAUAACCAUUUGAUGGUUUGUCUACAAGUAUUUGAAUUUACAUGUGUUAAAAACUGGGACUGUUUUUGUUUGUUCUUGGUGAAUUAUAAACUGUGAAUGCCUUUCUUAUUUUUUAAAACAAUUAUCUUGCCUAUAUGUUAUAUACACUGUAUGUAGCAGAAUAUUCAACAUAUCUAUUUCAAGGUUAUUUUCAGUCCUGAUAUUCUAUAGUAUAUAUUUUGUAUUUGUUUUGUUUUUCUAUGGAUACAAACUACACUUGUUGGGACUAUUCAUGGUUGAUGAAAGGAGGGUGGGUGGGUAGGGUACAGUGUGGACAGCAAUCAUUUUGUAUUACCACACUCGUAACCAAAUUUUAUUUGGCUUUAAGAAUUAAAUUCUUCAGAUUCUUGAGAAAUACAAUAUUUAUUUCCAAUCAUUAAGUGUGUUACCAACAUAGUUUGUUAUCUGUAAGAGUUAAUAUAAUGAAGAACACUGAUGAUCAAAACAACACAUUUCGAUAGCGAUUGCAUAGACAAGAGAACACUGGAUAUCCUAGUGCCUAGCUGUGCUAUCCCAGGAUGCAGUUUUUCUGCAGUGUCCUCAUUAGAGUGCCUCUUGUUAUUGCUUAACCUUUCUUUGAACUGGUAUUCUCUCAGUAUCGUAUUUCUAAAAUGAUUUAAUUCUGUUUCCUUAAACUUUAUUAUGUAUUAUUAAACAUUAGAUUUGCAUACACCUGUUACUCUUCUGGUUAUCCAGGUAUACAUUUAAUGGUAGGGGCCGUUCCAUUGGAAGGGAGGUAGGGGAAGGAAGCACUGUAUUUCUGGAACCUUCUUCACUAACAGUAUUGGCUACUGGUAUUAAGAUAUUUAUUAAACUGUACAUUUUACUUACGAUUUUCAUAAACAUUUAAUAGUACAGACUGUUCUACAUUGUGGCUGUAUGUUUGUGGUAUAUUCUACUUCAGAUUUUUAUGAACAUCUAAUAAUACAGACUGUUCUACAUACAUGUAUUGGCUAUAUGUUUGCAGUAUAUUCUACUUCAGAUUUUCAUAAACAUUUAAUAAUACAGACUGUUCUACAUAUUGGCUAUAUGUUUGCGGUAUAUUCUACUUGAGAUUUUCAUGAAGAUUUAAUAAUACAGACUGUUCUACAUACAUGUAUUGGCUAUAUGUUUGUGGUAUAUUCUACUUCAGAUUUUCAUAAACAUUUAAUAGUACAGACUGUUCUACAUAUUGGCUAUAUGUUUGUGGUAUAUUCUACUUCAGAUUUUCAUAAACAUUUAAUAGUACAGACUGUUCUACAUAUUGGCUAUAUGUUUGCGGUAUAUUCUACUUGAGAUUUUCAUGAACAUUUAAUAAUACAGACUUCUACAAAAGAUGGUGGAAGGCAGUUCACUAGUCUUUAUGGGGAAAACAUUGACUUCACAUGAUAUGUAUUCUUAACAUGUAGUUUAAUAUUUUAAAUUAAUGGUGUUUGUUUUGUUUUGUUUUUUUGCAAACUUCAUUUGGUGCUUUCUUGUAUUAUGCAAUGAUUGUUUGUUCAAUUAUUUUUAUUGACAAUAAAUAAAGUCAACUCUC